UGCUUUAAAAUGUCUGAAUAAUUCGCAAAACUUAACUGAUAAAUUCUUAAAUGAGGUUAAAGAAUAUUCAAUUAGUAAAAAGAGUGGUAUUCUUAAUGUAUAUGGAAUAUCCCAGAAUCCGGAUACAAACAAUUUUAUUAUAGUUCUUGAGUAUGCAGAAGGUGGAAGUUAUUGUAGUUGGAUAAAUAAUAAUUAUAAAGACUUUAAUUGGAAAAAUAAAAUUCAAACACUAUUAUAUAUCAUUGAAGGUCUUAAAGAGAUUCAUCAAAAUCAAAAGGUUCAUCAUGAUUUACAUCCAGGAAAUAUAUUAUUUUUAACAAAAAGUUUAAAUACUUUUAAUAGAAAAUCAUUAUUUAUAUCAGAUAUGGGAUUGUGUGAAGAUGUAAAUAAUACAAGUGAGGUAAAAACUUAUGGAGUUAUUUCCUAUCUGGCUCCUGAGGUGAUAAGAAAUGAAGCUUAUACCCAAGCAGCAGAUGUAUAUAGCUUUGGUAUGAUUAUGUAUUUUACAGCAACUGGAAAACAACCUUUUAUACAUUGUGCACAUGAUCAUCAUCUAAUAUUAGACAUAUUUGAUGGAAUUAGACCUGAAAUAAAUGAGCUGGAAGUGCCAAAAUGUUAUGUUGACUUAAUGAAAAGAUGUUGGGAUUCAAAUCCAGAUAAUAGACCAAAUACUACUGAAAUACAUGAAUUAAUUGAGUCAUUUUAUAAUUUCUAUAAUUUAUAUAAAAAAGGUGAUUCAAAUGCAAUAGAAUUUAGAAAGCAGUUUAUAGAAGCAGAAAUUUACAGAAAAUCACACCUCUUAGAUUCUUUUAAAGAAAUCAAACAUCAACGAGUUAUUUAUACAUCUCAAUUAGUAUCCAAAUUUUUUACGAAAGAUGUUCUAAAAUCUGAAUAUUUAAGUUAUGCAAUCCUUGAUUGAUGAUAUUCAGAUUAAAUUUUUAAUCCGGAAUCUUAUGGUAAUUUAGCUUUCAAAUAUCUUUAUCAUAUUGAAUAUAUCAAUUAGAUUCUCCAAACUCUUUAAUAUCUUGCGAUUAUUAAACUUAAAAUACAGACAAAUAGCUAAUUGUAGUAUUUUGUUCUUAUUACAAUAUUUUUGCAUCUAAUGCAUAGUUUGUUUAAUAUCAUUAUAGAUGCUUGUUCAUAAUGUUUC